CGCCCUCUCCAUGGCAUUGCCGGCUUAGUGUUUUCGCCAAGCAGCACCAUGGUGAAGCUCUCUCUCGCGCCGCAGCGCGCCGGCGGUUCAGCGCUGGAAGGCGCACGCAGACACGCGGCGGGCGUGAUUGCGGCCGCUCUGCUGACUGCUGCGCCGGCGUUUGUCGCGCCGCCUGCCAUUGCUGCCACUGACGGCGCUGCGAUCGGGUCCUGCCUCAUACAGAAGGCGCCCGGCGCGCUUGCGCGGUGCGUGACGGACCCAACCUGCUUGGCCAACCUCGCCUGCAUCCAGACCUGCACCAACCGGCCGGAUGAGGCCACGUGCCAGAUUGCGUGCGGCGACAAGUUUGCGAACGGCGUCACUGAGGCCUUCACAAAGGCGGCCGUCACGGAACAGAAGUGCGUGCCGCAGCGGCAGGACGACGGGUCGUGGCCGGUGCCGGCGGACAGCACGCUCGUGACCAAAUUCUCCGCCUCUGACCUCGACGGCGACUGGUACAUCUCCGCUGGACUCAACAAGGCCUUCGACAUCUUCGACUGCCAGCUGCACCGAUUCAGCGCGCCGGCGCCCGACCUGCUCGUCGGGAAUCUGCAGUGGCGGAUCAAGGACCCGGUGGCGGGGACGAACUUUGUGACGCGGUACACGGUGCAGACCUUCAAGCAGGACGCCAGCCGCCCCGGCAUCCUGUACAACCACGACAACGAGUUCCUGCACUACCAAGAUGACUGGUACGUGCUCGCGAACCGACGCGCCUACGACGACGCAAAGGGCGAGGGCGGCGACGCCGCGAGCAAGGGCGGCUACGUGGUGGUCUACUACCGCGGCAGCAACGACGCGUGGGACGGCUACGGCGGCGCAGUCAUCUACACGCGCGAGCCGAAGCUGCGGCAGGAGUACGUGCCGGAGAUCAGCGCGGCGCUCGACAAGGUUGGCCUGCGCUGGGCCGACUUUACCGAGACGGACAACUCGUGUAACGCUGCGGAGAGCAGACUCGAGGAGCUCGAGGCCGAUUUUGUGCUCGUCGAGUCCAAGGUGGCGGGCGGGUUCUCCACCUUCGAGAAGCUUCUCGUCGACGACGUCGUCGGGCUCGAGAAGGAGCUCGUCAAGGACGUGGUCGGGAUUGAGCGCGAGAUUGUCCGAGACGCGAAGCGGGUGGAGGCCGCCCUCGAGGACGACGUCGCGGCGGUCGAGGCCGAGCUGCAGACAGCAGCACAGAAGGGCAUACCGAGUCUCUUCAAGCGACGAUAGCUCGAGCUCCCGCCCCGCCGCUGCGCGCGACGACAGUACGCUUCUCCUGUCCCCCCGGCCUCCUGCCUCCGGUCUCCCGCCCCGCUCCCAACUGGAUCGUCCGCAUGAGGCCCCGGCGGGAGACAGACCGCAUCUCUCUCUCAUUCGGUUACGCUCCCACCGCGCUGUUCGGUGUAUACACAUGGUCAGUACUUCACUCUUCGCACAAUAUCGAAUCGUGCUUCGUUGAAAAAUUAAAACCACUC